AUGCAAUUAGUAUGUGCUGUAACUGACAAUGCUGCAAAUAUGAUAGCAACUUGUGAGAAAUUAAAGGUCAAGCAUGUUCCAUGCGGAGCCCAUUCUAUACAGUUAGUUGUAAAUCAUGUCAUAUUGAAAACUAAGCCAUCAUCGUUAACUACAAGUAGAGAUACUGAUGUGAUAACAUUAUUUGAGAGUGAUGAGUCUGAAAAUUUAUCUUCUCACAAUGAAGUUUCAGUUUACAUUAUUCUUAAGAAAUGUAAGCGUAUAACUACUUUCUUUCAUUCAAGUCCUAAGAAAUCUGCUGAAUUAAAGAAAGAACUUAAUCUACGUCAAAUGGAAGUUACAACUUUAGUACAAUCAGUUUAUACUCGUUGUUUAUGUUACGACGUAUACAUAAAACUUUAGAUUGUAUUAAUAUUAUUUUAUUAAGAUCAAAAAACAAUAUUCCUCUAUUGAACCAAGAAGAAACAAAUUGUAUCCCAGAUAUUUUAGCUUGUUUGAAAAUAUUUGCUGUUAUGACUGAAAAAUUAAGUUUACAGUUUCUCUUUUAAUUCCAUGUACAAAACAAAUACUCAUUGAAUUAAAAAAUUUGGAAUCAACUAUAAAAAUAAGCACUGGGAAAAUGUUUGUUCGGGUUUCGCAUUUCUUUUCUUUAAUUGGUCCGAGCUGUAGGAUUCAAAUUUGACGCCACGAGAAGGGGGGCAUGAGUGUCAGCGCCACGCUGCAAUACGCAGGCGCGAGCAGUGUGGGGGUGGAAAGGACCGUUCGGGACUGGGCCCGACAUUCAGACGAGAAUCCGUGACCUCUGCACUCGUAUUUUUGGCCUUCGUGCGUUUGAGAUACUUUUGUGUUCCUUUUGUGUUUUUAUUUUGUAUUGGGGGCGAUCGGCUGACGUGCGCGAGUUUAAUCGGGCGUGCGUCCUCUGCGUGUGAAGCACUGAGUGCAUUUGGGGCCGUGUGAUCACGGUCAUUUUUUGUCCCCACUUGGCGGGACGCUUCCUGUGACCAGGAAAUGCACUGGGUGCAAUCUUAAGCUCGUGUGAUCACGACUGUUUGGUUCUCAAUUGGGGAACGCCUCCUGUGAUCAGGAUUUAUUUGUGCGAGGACCGCGACGAUUGGCUGCGACGUCGGCGAGGUACCCUAGGAGUACGGAUGGUAAAGAGCUCUUGCGUGCGAUAGUCAUAAGCUUGAAUGAUCAUUCAAAUAGUAUUUUAAUCUCUAGGUUAUAGUUUUACUUUCUUAUAUAUAUAUUAUCGUUUUGUUAUUGUAUUAUUCUUUUAUUUGUUGUAGUUUAUUUUGCUUAUGGAACCAGGCU